AUGUCACCUGGCUUGGCUAUGUUGACGCUGGCGUCUGGCUGCUCCCGAGUCUGUCCUGUAAUAGCGCUUUUUCCGCGCUCAAAGCUUUGGGUUCUUGGUAACGCUGUUGGUACUGGAUAUCAAGGAAGCAUGGUGGUCAUUUUAUUUCGGUGCAUUUGUAACUCCUUUGUUCACUCACGCUUGUCGUCAGGUAAAAAGGCAUCUCCAAUUGCUUGGAAAGCUCGACAAGAGUCAAUUAACACAGAUGGUAUCCCAGCUGGAAAGGAUAUCUAUCCCUGGUGUCCCGAUACGUGGGUCAACGAUGGUGAAGCAACGGCGGAGCUAAGCUUACCGGCCACCGACGGCGGCCAAGACUCUGGCCUUCGCCUAGGCUGGCUGCGUGCCGUUCUGGACUGGCACACCUUUUUAAGUUGA